UAUCAUCAAAAUAUUCACAAGUCUUCCCAACAAACAUUACACUUUUUUGAGUACUGUUCUAAAAAAAACCAAUACAGUGAAGUGAUCUGAUUAUCAUUGUUGUUGUUAUGCAUAUGUCCGAUGCCGGAUGCCGGUCCGUCACACCAAAGAAUCGUAAAUCCAAAACCCGAAACAAGCUGAAGCGCAGGAAACCAAAGUUCCUGAGCCUAAGUCUCGAGUUAUCGGAGAAACCGUCAGAUCAUAUGAUUGUUUCACCAUCCAACGGUAGCACACAUGAUCAUGAUCAGCUCAAUCUCUUCCCACUCCACCCAGAAAAUUUGGUAGAUGAUAAAGACAGUACUAGUACUGCCCAAGAUGAGAACGUAGCUCUCUUCUUUGCUGCCGCUGAAAACAGCGCCACUACACUCAACGAAGUUCUCGUUUCUUCAAAGGAUGAAAUUGACAGCAACAUAAGUACUAGUGUUCCCAAUUACAUGACAGUUUCGUCAUCGGAGGCGAGCCUCACAUUUGCCGACACUUACAGGUACAGAGGACAAGAGGGUGAGCUUGUACGGACGGCUCUAAGGAACAAAGAGAGGGAACACAGGGAAGAAGAGAAAUGGGUUGUUUACUCGGAUGUUGUUGAUUUCGAUCAACAUAGUGAGAGUACGAGGAAGGAUGAAGAAGUAAGUAGUUGUCCGUGGAACAAACAUCAUCAACGACGGCAACAACAAUUGUCACUAAAGCUUGAUUAUGACGAAAUAUUGAAUGCUUGGUCCGAUAAAGGUCCACUUUACCUUCAGUCCGAGUCCCCCCAGAUCGUUCCGGACAUCCAUGACGAUUUUCUCGCCUACGACAUGCCUUUUUCAUUAAAUGGGCAACUUAUGAGUAUCAGUUCAGUUGUGCCAGAAGUAAUUGGAAAUGAAGAAAGAGAAGUAGAGGAUGAGGAGAUGAAGGCGGGACGAAGAGAGGCGAGUGUAAUGAGGUACAAAGAGAAGAGACAGAACAGACUCUUCUCUAAAACUAUCCGAUAUCAAGUUCGCAAGCUCAACGCUGAAAAACGCCCUCGCAUUAAGGGGAGAUUUGUUAAGAGGGAUUGAAGUGUGUUUUUUACCUCAAUUGGAGAAGUAAAAUGUGUGGGAAAUGGAAAGCAGUAUGUGUAUUGUAGUUUUGAUAUAUAUACUGUUAUAAGGAGAAGCAUACGCAAAGGAGCUCUUGUCAAUCAAUGAAAUAAUAUUCUACUCCUAAAUUGGAAGUAUGAGGGCACAUAAAUGGGAAAAUGCAGAGAUAUGUAAGAGUUCAAUUGGUUCAGAUAAAAUAUUGUUAGCUUUCUCAAGAGGGAAAAUAGCAAAAAGCUCUUUGACUGUUUUGUCAUUAACACUGAAAUUAAUGGAUGCAGGGCCUCCUUUUAUUGCACUUUAUUAUGAUUUAUAUUAUUUGUAUUUUGUAGUUGUAAGUGAAAGUGACCAUUUCAAAAUUAUAUUGUACCAAAAUUGUAGUUUUUUUUUUU